AUGACUUCGGUAAAACAGAGAGACCUGUACUAUGCCUUGAAGUUCAACAGAUUCGAAUCAGGCUGGCAAGAGAGGCAAAUGCUAGAGAAAUAUCUCAGUUUCUCCUUAGUUGCAAUCAUUACUUCAGUCAGCAGAAGCUUCUGGGUUUCAAGGUCUGCGCAGGAGUGCAUUGUCGAAGGCUCAGUACAGUUGUCUCACUGUGGAUACCAAAAUCUGCGGAUGCUCAAGUCCCUUAGUCUGCCCUCCAUAUCCACGGAUUCAAGCACCUCCAGACUUGGAACUCGCAGACACGAAGGGCCGAUUGAGAAGAGGGGGACUGCUCUAAAACCAAGUAAGGAUGGAGAUGACGACAAGAAACUGGCUUCAUCUGAGAAUUUCCAUGUUGGUGAAAAUGAUGAGAAUCAGGACCGUGGUAACUGGUCCAAAAAAUCGGAUUAUCUUCUAUCUAUGGUUGGAUAUGCAGUGGGAUUGGGGAACGUGUGGAGAUUCCCAUAUUUGACCUACAGCAAUGGCGGAGGUGCCUUCUUGAUACCUUAUGCGCUUAUGCUAGCAUUGGCUGGUUUACCUUUGUUCUUCCUAGAGUGUUCACUGGGACAAUUUGCUAGCUUAGGUCCAGUUUCAGUUUGGAGGAUUCUUCCAUUGUUUCAAGGUGUGGGAAUUACAAUGGUCAUGAUAUCCAUUUUUGUGUCAAUCUAUUACAAUGUCAUAAUUGCCUACAGUCUUUACUACAUGUUUGCUUCUUUUCGAAGUGAACUACCAUGGAAAUAUUGUGCUUAUUGGGCAGAUGAAAACUGUAGCAGAUCGCCUAUAGUAACUCACUGUAAUGUAAGUACAGGACCAGAGAUCAUCCAAGUCAACAAAAGCUGGGUAGAUGCCAACAAUUAUACCUGCAUCAAUGGAAGUGAAGUUUACCAGCCAGGGCAGCUUCCCAGUGAACAAUAUUGGAAUAAAGUGACACUCCAACGGUCAAGUGGAAUGGAUGAGACUGGAGUAAUUGUGUGGUAUUUAGCGCUUUGUCUUCUUCUGGCUUGGCUCAUAGUUGGAGCAGCACUAUUUAAAGGAAUCAAGUCUUCUGGCAAGGUGGUAUAUUUUACAGCUCUUUUCCCCUAUGUUGUCCUACUCAUCCUGUUAAUACGAGGCGCAACUCUGGAGGGUGCAUCAAACGGCAUUUCAUACUAUAUUGGAGCACAGUCAAAUUUUACAAAACUUAGGGAAGCUGAGGUUUGGAAAGAUGCUGCCACUCAGAUAUUUUACUCCCUUUCAGUGGCUUGGGGUGGUUUAGUUGCUCUAUCAUCUUACAAUAAGUUCAAUAACAACUGCUUCUCAGAUGCCAUUGUAGUUUGUUUGACAAACUGCCUCACUAGUGUGUUCGCUGGAUUCGCUAUUUUUUCUAUAUUGGGACACAUGGCUCAUAUAUCUGGAAAAGAAGUCUCUCAAGUUGUAAAAUCAGGUUUUGAUUUGGCAUUCAUUGCUUAUCCAGAAGCUCUAUCCCAGCUCCCAGGUGGACCAUUUUGGUCCAUAUUAUUUUUCUUCAUGCUUUUGACUUUGGGUCUCGACUCUCAGUUUGCUUCCAUUGAGACGAUUACAACAACGAUUCAAGAUUUAUUUCCCAAAGUGAUGAAGAAAAUGAGGGUUCCCAUAACUUUGGGUUGCUGCUUGGUUUUUUUCCUCCUUGGUCUCGUCUGUGUGACUCAGGCUGGAAUUUACUGGGUUCAUCUGAUUGACCACUUCUGUGCUGGAUGGGGCAUAUUGAUUGCAGCUAUACUGGAAAUAAUAGGAAUCAUCUGGAUUUAUGGAGGGAACAGAUUCAUUGAAGAUACAGAAAUGAUGAUUGGAGCAAAAAGGUGGACAUUCUGGCUAUGGUGGAGAGCUUGCUGGUUUGUCAUUACACCUAUCCUUUUGAUUACAAUUUUGGUCUGGUCCCUGGUGCAAUUUCAUAGACCUGAUUAUGCUAGUAUUCCAUACCCUGACUGGGGAGUUGCUCUAGGCUGGUGUAUGAUUAUUUUCUGCAUUAUUUGGAUUCCAAUUAUGGCUACUGUAAAAAUAAUUCAAGCUAAAGGAAACAUCUUUCAACGCAUUGUAAGCUGCUGCAGACCAGCUUCUAACUGGGGUCCCUACCUGGAACGACACCGUGGGGAGAGAUAUAAAGAAAUGGCAGAUCCUAACAAGGAGAUGGACCAUGAAAUACCUACUGUUAGUGGCAGUAGAAAACCAGAUGAGAUCUAAUUUUUAAAAAUAUGUGGUUGUAUAAUGUGAUUAUUUUAGAAUAGAGGAAAAUUUUAUUUAUUUGUAUGUUGAUUGAGUAGAAAAAUGUAUACACUAUGUUCAUAAUAGUA